GUUUCUGACACAUACCACUGGAAACUUUGUUUGCUUGUUCUUGUUCUUCAUUGCUGUGACUGACGCGGUCUCAAGUGGGUGGAUUUGUGCGGGAUGUUCUGUAAGCGCCACUGAGGGUCUGAGACGCUUGAUUGACCUUUGUCUUGAAUUGCGUGGGCGUCCGAGAUGCGAUUCGCCCAAAGAGGAAGCCUCGCGUAACUUGACUGGAGUGGGGUUCGAUCCCUGCCCUUCGCGCUUUCUGUCAGACCUCAUUACACUUCAUUUUCAUUUUCUCCAGGCCACUGUACCCGGGUGUUCAGCUUGAUAAGCCAGUCCCUUUUCAUUGGGAACUCUCUCAUGGAUAUUUCUCUCAACAGUUUCCUCAUCGAUAGGCCGUCUCCGAUGUGCAAAUACGGCAUGAUCUCGUCUCCUCAUCAUUCAUACCAUGCAUGUUUCUAUCGGGUUCUUCGGGCCUGGGAACUUCCGGCUUUUACAGUCAAAUGAGGACGUGGAGAGUAUAUAAAGACGAGGGAUUUGUAACCAACAUCUAAACACCUUGACAGCGGCCUUUAACCAGUCCCCAACAUGAGCCUUUGCAAAGACUGCAUUUCUGGUGUCCGCCAUGAGGGUACGCCCGAAGGCAAGAUCGAGAAGAUCGGUGGAAUCAGGAGUUAUAUCGCCACGCCCCACGGCGAGUACUCCAAGGACAAGGUCAUCGUUUUCAUACCCGAUGUUUUUGGUAUUGACAUGGACAACGGCAAGCUCCUCGCCGACGCUUUUGCUCAUGACGGCUACAAAGUCGUAGCCCCCGAUCUCUUCAAUGGCGAUCCUAUUCCUGACGGUGCUUUGGAUAGCGGAACUUUCGAUUUCAUGGCAUGGCUCGGUAAACACCCGCCUGCUGGUGUCGUUCCGAUCGUCGAGAAGGUUAUCGAUGCAUUGAAAGCAGAGGGUGUGACCAAGUUCGGUGCGGUCGCAUUUUGCUAUGGCGGACGCCUCGCGUUCGACCUGGCCUUCAAGGGCAGCCUGGACGUCGUCGUUGCCAACCACCCUUCACUCCUCAAGGUUCCCGAAGAUCUCGAGAGAUACCUCGCCGAGGCCAAAGCGCCUCUUCUCAUCAACAGUUGCGAGACCGACCAGCAAUUCCCAAUCGAGGCUCAAGCUAAGGCGGAUGAGAUCCUCGGUGGCGGCAAGUUCGCUCCCGGAUAUGAGCGUCCCUACUGGGCUGGCGUUGUCCAUGGCUUCUCCAUUCGUGGUGAUGUUAGCGACCCCACGAUUAAGGCCGCCAAGGAGGGAGCGUACAAGGCUGGCAUCGAAUUCUUCAAGAAGCACCUGUAGAUCGGGCGGAAAUAUAAAGACAAUCAAGUUUUGUAGCCUAUUGUAUGUAUGACUAUGUAGCAGAAUAUAUAUGUACCUGCUCGACGCGAUGUUCAUCCUGGUUCCAAGCUCUGCGCAGCCUCCGCCAUGCUUUCAUAAAGGUCCUCUCUUCUGCAGACAACUGAAAUAUGCAGAAAGUAGAUUAUGCCUGAGCGUACCCGGGACGGAUUAGAGCGGUUCACAAAAGUUUCUAUGAUGUGCUUAAGGCACCGCAGCAUCCUGCGAAAGGCUGCAACAAAUGCACAGCCUCGAUAUGGAGCCGAUUUAGACUCCAAAUGUCAGCUCAAACGCGUACCAAUGGACUAUAAAGAGAUCAUAGAAACGAAUCACCAGUCUUCGACGAACUUCUGCUCGCUCGGAGUCAACUCUUGCUC